AUGCGAGUUUUUGCCUUGGAGAAUGAAUGUCAGGUUUUCAGAGGCCAUAUUCUACUGAAAAAAAAAUGCAACCGAGGUCAGUGUUCUUGUGUUGGAUCCAAGGGAGCCAUGGGUUUACCCGGGCCAAAAGGAGAGCAGGGCCUAAGGGGACCGCCUGGGUAUGUGGGGGCGGAUGGUCCACAGGGGCCCAAGGGAGAGCAGGGACAGAUCGGAUUGGUUGGCCCCGAGGGGUCAAAAGGUGAAAGAGGGGCUGGCGGAGAGCCUGGGUCACCCGGACCACGUGGUCUAACGGGCGAGGUUGGCCCCGAAGGUCCACAGGGUUUACCCGGGCCAGCGGGGCCAAUUGGGCCCCCGGGUAUGAUGGGUGCGAAGGGGGAGAUUGGUGUACCGGGAGCAGUGGGUCCUAAGGGAGACAGGGGGCCACGAGGACUACCAGGAUUCAAUGGCAGAGAUGGAACCCCGGGCGCAAGAGGAAUUCAAGGACCACCAGGGGAACGAGGAUUGGAUGGUUGUCCUGGGAAAGAUGGAACUUCUGGCGAACCUGGUACUCCGGGAGACCCGGGACCGGUGGGACCUAGGGGUUUGCCUGGCGCAAGGGGUGAACCUGGUAUCCGAGGCCCCCCAGGAGAUUUCAAUUCUUCCGAAAGCAGGUACAACAUGACAGUUUUUAUCAAGGAAAUUGUCAACAAAACGGUAAAGGGCGGUAGAGGGGAGAAGGGAGACAAGGGAAUGGACGGAUUGCCAGGACCCCCCGGACCCAUCGGACCCCUCGGCCCAAUCGGAGAGCCAGGGAUGAAGGGAGAACGUGGAGACAAGGGAGAGAAAGGAGACGCUGGUCCCAUCGGUAUUCCUGGGUUUGGCCAACCUGGUAUGAAAGGAGAACCGGGAAUACCUGGUAGCCGAGGAAAGCAAGGGAAAAUAGGGCUUCCUGGACCCCCCGGUCCUGAAGGUGCCCCCGGUCCCCAGGGCCCUCCAGGCGUGGGCGAACCCGGGCCCCCUGGACAAACAGGCUUACCGGGAGAACCAGGGAUACCCGGACCUCAAGGAGAACCUGGGAUGAAAGGGGAACCUGGUCCAGAGGGUCCAGCGGGUCAACCGGGAGAGGCCGGCCCUCCUGGGGUGGGGGAGCCAGGUCCAGCGGGGCCUGCCGGAGCAGAUGGCCCACCCGGCCCACAGGGGCUUCCGGGUGCUGAUGGCCCUCCUGGUGAGAGGGGGUUGCCCGGGGUACAAGGUUUGCCCGGGGAGCCAGGAGCACAGGGGCCACAGGGAGAACCAGGGGUCGGUGAGAAAGGUGAAAAGGGUGAACCCGGCGAACCAUCAACCGUUCCAGGGCCUAGAGGUGAACCCGGGUUACCCGGCGUAGGAGAGCCCGGUCCACCAGGCCCUCCAGGACCAGAGGGCCCUGCGGGUGUGGGGCUCCCAGGAGAACCAGGACCAGCCGGGCCAAGCGGAGAACCAGGACCACAAGGGCCAGCCGGGCCACAGGGUCCGCCAGGUGUUGGAGAGAGGGGACCAGCAGGACCGAAGGGUGACCCGGGGGUGGGUCUGCCAGGACCAAAGGGUGAUCGCGGAGAACCUGGAGAGGCUAAAGUGGUUGACGGGAAGCCUGGGCCAAAGGGAGAGCCAGGCGUGGGCCUCCCUGGGCCAGCGGGACUCCAAGGCCCACCGGGCCCUGCGGGAGAACCGGGGGAACCAGGCCCUGCCGGGCCUCCAGGGCAGGUUGGCCAACCGGGCGAGGCAGGCAAGGACGGUGCCCCCGGUAAGCCGGGUGAGCCAGGUGAUAGGGGCCUUGACGGAUUACCAGGGCCUGCAGGUCCUGAGGGACCUCCCGGACCACAAGGAGAGCCUGGCGUUGGAGUGCCGGGUACACCAGGAGAACAAGGUCCAAUUGGUCUUCCGGGAAAAGAUGGCGUACCAGGUCCACCAGGGCCACAAGGACCACCCGGACCAACAGGGGAGCCAGGACCAAAAGCGGAUCCAGGGAAACCAGGGGAAGUCGGCCCGCCAGGUUCACCGGGCGAGGGCCUACCCGGUCCUAUUGGUCCACCGGGUCCGCAAGGAGAGCCCGGUGAGCCAGGUGUUGGAAAGGAUGGCCCACCGGGACCCCCGGGCAAGGAUGGUGCACCUGGACCUCAAGGAGAAAUAGGGCAACCCGGAGAGCCAGGUCCAGCAGGUCCGACAGGAGAACCAGGGCCGGCAGGACCGCCAGGUGAGAAAGGCGACACAGGGGAAGGACUCCCGGGGCCGGCGGGAGAACCUGGUGCACCGGGACCACAAGGUCCACCCGGAGUUGGUACCCCAGGAGAACAAGGACUCCCUGGGCCAGCUGGGCCUCCAGGAAAAGACGGGCUUCCAGGACCACAAGGAGAGAUUGGACAGCCUGGAGAACCUGGAGCACCCGGGCCAGCAGGACAACCAGGGGAGUCUGUGACAGGACCACCGGGGCCUCCGGGACCAGCGGGAGCGGAUGGGCAGCCAGGGCCUGCUGGACCCCAGGGCCCACCUGGUGAGAGCGUUCCGGGUCUACAGGGGGAGCCUGGUCCGGCAGGUGCCCCAGGUGAACGUGGACCACCAGGAGCAGAUGGGGCACCUGGACCUGCAGGAAUGAAAGGCGAACCAGGCGAGCCAGGCACCGCAGGGAAAGACGGCCUGAAUGGGCUGCCUGGUCCUGCUGGUGAACCUGGACCCGCGGGUCCUGAGGGUGUUGGAUUACCCGGACCCCAGGGUCCACCCGGUGAGCCCGGCGUUGGGUUACCAGGGCCAAGCGGACCACCUGGGCCAGCUGGUGAACCCGGAGCACCUGGUGAGAGUGGUGUUCCAGGAAAGGACGGACUUCCAGGGCCUCAAGGAGAGCCAGGUGUCGGAGAACCUGGGCCAAAGGGAGAGAAGGGUGACACAGGGAUAGGAGAGCCUGGUCCACCGGGAGAGCCUGGCUUGAUUGGGCUCCCAGGACCUCAGGGACCAGAAGGAGCACGCGGUCCUCCGGGCGUAGGACUACCAGGACCGAAAGGAGAGCCGGGUGUUGGGGUCCCUGGACCAGCAGGACCUCAGGGUGAACCGGGAGUUGGUCUGCCAGGGCCAAAAGGAGAACCGGGACCUUUGGGACGCCCAGGUGUGCAGGGGGAGCCUGGCCUUCCCGGACCGGCAGGGGAGCCAGGACCCCCGGGUGCAGAUGGUUUACCUGGUCCUCAAGGUCCAGCUGGUGAGAGUAUACGUGGAGAAACCGGACCUGCAGGUCCACAAGGUCCACCAGGUAGGGACGGCGCACCAGGUCCUCCUGGUCCAAUAGGUAUCGGACAGAAGGGUCAGAAAGGUGACCCAGGGGUGGGUCUGCCUGGACCAAGAGGCCCCGCGGGACCUAGGGGUCUUCAGGGAUACCCUGGAGUGGCUGGAAACCCAGGACGUCAAGGACCAAGUGGAGCACAAGGUAUUCCCGGGCCCUCUGCUUACGUCAUUACUCGCCACAGUCAGAGCGCUCUGUAUCCUGAGUGUCCCAUUGGUCACAUCAAACUAUGGGAGGGGUACAGUUUGCUUCAUACCGAGGACGACGGACGUGCGCAUGUGCAAGACCUGGGUACGGCGGGCUCUUGUCUCAAACAAUUCAGCGCCAUGCCCUUCAUGUUCUGUAACAUCCGCAACGUGUGCACGUUCUCCAGCAGAACGGCGACUAGUUAUUGGCUGGCGACGGAGCGCGCCAUACCCAUGAUGCCAGUGGGCGGCGACCAGGUGUUACCGUUCAUUAGUCGCUGCGCCGUGUGCCAGGCACCCGCACCGGUCAUGGCUGUGCACAGUCAAUCCACUGGAGAGGCCGAAUGUCCAUACGGGUGGAACAAUCUUUGGUCCGGGUACAGUUUUGUUAUGCACGCUGUUGGCGCAAUGGGCGGCGGCCAGUCACUAUCCAGCCCAGGGAGCUGCCUGGAAUCCUUUAGGUCGAACCCGUAUAUAGAGUGCAAUAGCCGUGGAGAGUGUCACUUCUUCUCAGACAAAUACAGCUUCUGGCUGGUGACGAUAGCCGGUCAGCAGACCCCAGUCUCAGCCACCCUCAAGGCAGGUCAACUUCUGACGCGCGUUAGUAGGUGUAAAGUAUGUAUGUUGAACGUAUCCGAGCCUCCUCCUCCGGUCGUAGUGUCACCUGGCCGACCCGAGGUCAUCGCCAAACCUGCUGAAGGCUCCGGCGAUGUCGAUCAAUAAUGUUAUAACAAGAUGAACUACUAAAACUAUAAAGAUGUUCUCAUAAAUCUCUCAAACGGGAGCGACUUGAUUUGCAGGCGACAGUAGAGAUCACAACAAAAAAUGUCAAGUUGGGAAUCCAGAAUGAUUAGGUCUUUUAAUUCGUCCCCAAGCAUUAGCAACUAUUCCAGUGUGUAUUAAGGUCUCUUGCGUGAUACUUGUCGUGUAAAAAAAAAACGAACGUCUAAUCUCAAAGAGAAAAGUUGAUAGUGGUAGCAGUGAGGGUCACGACCCAGGUCAACAAAGGUCAAGGUUAUCCACACAUUUUCUUGUAAAAAGAAGCUGUACAUAAUUUGUUAGCCCCCAAACACAGACCAUAAUCUUGGUUUUAUUGAUAAUAAUAAGAGCUAGACAGAGUUCUCUGCUACAAACAUAACCUUUAACUCAAAAUGAUAAUACAUAUACAAGUUUUCAAAUCAAUAGUAUAUACCAGUAGCUCAGAAGGGCCAAAUGAUUAUAAGCCAUUAGGUUUUGGCCAUUUGUAAUUUCCGUGCAGUUUAAAGGCAAAACUUGUGCUUAAGAGAAUAAAAGCAUUCGUUUCCAAUAUAAGAUAAGUAUAUUUAUGAGUGGUUCAAAACCAAGUUGAACGAAUGUUAUUUACAUCUAUAACUUUGUCAAAGUAUCUGUAAUCAAACAAAAUUUUAUUAUAAACAAUAUGUGCUACGCAUAUAAUGUGGGCCACAAAUGUACUCCGUUAAGAUGUGAAAUAAUUUUUUCACUUUAUAACUCUACGAUCACUCCCGGCUAUGUUAAUAUACUAUCCAUUGUAUAUGGCUCGCGCUUCACAGGCGAAACUCUCACAUGUGCGCGCGCAUAAGAUCAUAAGCAGAUGCGAAAAAACAUGAAAGUUGUUUGAUGCGAUUGGUGCGCAUUCUGCUGAAAAUUUCGCCCCACUAUUCUACGAUAACCGUGAAAUUUUUGGGUUAUUUUGCUACCCGAAAUGCGCUACGUAUCACUGCCAAUUUUAAUGUAUUUUUACGUGUCGUUGUAAUAUUUACCCAGCUAUUAAUGCCAUUAGGUGUAUUGUUACAAAUAUAUAUUUAAGAUAGUUAUAUUUAGUUAGAAAAUUUUGUCUUUUAUUAGUGCUAUGCGAUACUCGUAAUGUGUUCAUUUUUUUGCAUUUUCAUGUUACCAAUUCUGUGAUAUUACGAGGAGAAUAAUAAAUUGCUUUAAACCGA